AUGCCACGCAAGACUCGAACCCCCGAGUCUCUCGCUCUCAAUCGCGAGAACCAGCGUCGCUCUCGCGCAAGACAGCGUGAAUUACUCGAUGAUCUGCAGAAUCGCGUACGUGAGUAUGAACGUCGUGAUGGGCAGGCUACGCUUGAGAUGCAGCGUGUUGCGAGGGCUGUUGCUGGGGAGAAUGCUGCGCUGAGAGGUUUGCUUGUUUCGAAGGGUGUGUCAAUUGAGGAGGUUGAGGCUCAUGUUGAGGCUGUGAAGCAUGAGGAGAAGAUGGCUGUGAGAACUGGUGUGGCGACUGUUACGCCUGUUUCUACGCCGUCUUCUAAUGCUUCGCCUGUUGUUAUUGCCUCGAGACCUAUGCCGUGCUUGCAACCUCAAGGAUGUGCUCCGCUGAGCGAGAAUAGUAACCCUCCAUUUGCGUUUCAGCCAAAGAUAUACUCGCCGCCAACGCCUGCUACGACUGCUACGUCUUGUACAGAAGAAUCAGGCUGCUGUCCUAGACCACAACCUGGGUCGCAACCACAGCAACAGGCCGGACCUCAACAACCAAAGUCUCUCGACAAGAUUCACUGUAUGGAAGCUGCUACAAUCCUCGCUCAAAUCCGAGGCCAAUCGGAUAUCUUCCAAGCUCGGGCUGCUCUUGGAUGCGCCGAAGGCGAGAGUUGCAUGGUUCGAAAUACUGAUUUACUCCAUUUGAUGGAUGAGAUGACCUGA